AAAAUGAAAAUUAACGUGAAUUGCAUCGUCGCCAUUUUGAUGGUCAUCACAUUGAUGUCCGUGCACGCUAAUUCGAUCGCCGCCCGUUCUUUAGUACCUCGUGCUGACUUUACAACUUCAACGACUCGUGACUGGGCCCAAGUGUGCCUCGAUCUCUGCAAGACGGGCGACGGUGGAGUUUUAUGCAAUUGCGAGUUAGUUCCAAUCCGACACCAGUGACAUUUUCAACGAAACAGCCUCCAUUAUUUUUACAUAUUAAAAAAAGAAAGAAGAAAGAAUAAAAUGGACGUUUCAGUUGAAACUUAGUUUGCAGUUAACUUCCAAGAGUGUGAUCGAUUCGCUAUCGACGAGAAGAAAUGGGACGAUGGUUCUGUACGUCGACGAAUGACCUUAAAUGUAGACAUAUUAGCAGCAAUACAUCGAUUCAAGCAUU